AUGGCUACCUACGUUAUUAUAAAACAAGGUCCAGCUAUUUACUCUCUGGGUAACAAAAAUUCCAGCCGUUCCAAUCACAAGCAACAGAACUAUCAUCCGUCGAACAAAGAGCCUCAAUCACGAGAAUCUCUGUGUUCUUCUAGGCAGCCGCCAGUACGUUUCGAGCUCUGCGACGCAGUUAAACGUGUAGUGCGCCCGCAUAACGAACAGAACAAGGCGCAACGCGGGGAGGAAAACACGAGCGCGUAUAAAAAGAGAAAAUGAAAUGUCGUGCGACUGGCAGUUUCGACCAAUGGGACGUCCAGGAUGACAAAGCUCGCGACGAUCGCGAUCGCCCUUCUAGUUUGCAGCGUCCCGCGAUCCAAAGGGAUCGAUCCACGGAGACUGAGCGACAGGAGAGCAGCGCCGGCAGGUAUCUCAGACGAUGCUAUCACAGGAAUUUUCCGAAUUAUCUCGAUGGGAACAUCGACCGAGGAGGACGACGAGCAGCUGGUGAAGUUCGUCAAAGAGGAAAUCGUGAGGACGGCGCAGAGCAUUAAAACACCGUCAGGUUCGAUCGAAGCUACCGCCAGAAGAGCUCAAAGACUGGUCACCGAAAUGACGGUCGCUUACACGACCGCCAUUUACAAGUCGAAGUCCACCGAGGAAGCCAGAACGAACUUUGGGCGUUUUCAAAACACCGUGCAAAAGAUCGUUGAUUUUAUCAAGGACGGCCAAUUCGUCAUCUGA